UAUAUAGUCAGAUAUUGUGUUUGUUUUUAUGUAAAUGCUCCUAUCUACAUAUAGGAAUACAGAAUAUUUAUAAGAUUGUAGAUCAUCAUUAGUUGGCCUGUUAUUAACAAGAAAAUUGGAACUACAUAACCUAACACAAAAGCCGACACAGCAGACUCUUGUUCUUGUAUGUAUGAUUAAGCAGCCGUAACUAUUAAAAUGAUCAAGCUGCCAAAGAAUAAAUGGUAAAAGAAGACACUGUCAACAAGGCGUAUUAUUAUUACUUUGACCAACUAAGUAGAGAAAAUUGAAGAUGUCGUUUCCUUAUGAAAGAGAAGUUUAGAAAAUUAAUUUCAUCUAGAUGGAGUUGUUGGAUCUGGUUAAUCUUAACCGAGACUGAUUUUAUUAGUUAAUCACUUGCGCUUACUCAUAUUUAUAACUAAACCGAGUAUUAGACCGGCAGUCGCCGUCCGUACGGAACGAUGUAAUAAUUUGGAUCGGGUCAAAACAUUUAUUCUUCAUCUAUGAUUUUGAGUCUUCCUAGAAGCUACAACUGCGCGUGUGAUCAUAUAAGAUUUCUUCGUCUAUAUAACACUUAGAGAUCAAUUCCAAAACAUAUCAAUCUCCUUCUUGCUACAACACAUAUCACUUGAAUAACACUUAGAGAUCAAUUCCAAAACAUAUCAAUCUCCUUCGUCUAUAUAACACUUCUACAUCACUUGAAUAGUUCUUCGACAGAUAACUCAGAGAUGGAGAAGUCAACGAUCAAAACUCCAUUGAGAAAGCUAACAAGAAGAACAACAAAACGAUCCUGGAAACUGAAGCAAAAGCUCAAGCUGGCAUGGAAGUCUAUCAAGAUGCGGGUCAGGUCACAUCUACCGGGUUUCUUGUCAACCAAAAAACGCCUCACACACAUGAAAUCAAGAAAUCAAGAACAAGAAUUAGCCCAAGCGGCCAGGAGGAUCUGCAAAAUCUCAAACGACGCCACCAACUCUCUGGCUUAUCUGCUUCAGCUUCCAAAGUAUUCAGCCUCUGAUUUUUUAGACCGCGGCGAUAUGAUGACUCCAGCUGCGUCUCCAAGAGAAAACAUAUCCAAAGCGUGGCGUGAGCUUCACGGUUCCAAGAACUGGGAGAAUCUUCUUGAUCCUUUGCAUCCAUGGCUGAGGAGAGAGAUAACCAAAUAUGGAGAGUUCGUUGAAUCAGUCUAUGAUUCACUCGAUUUCGAUCCUUUGUCCGAGUUCUGCGGAAGCUGUAGAUACAACAGGAACAAACUCUUCGAAGAGCUUGGUUUAACAAGACAUGGUUACAAGGUAACCAAAUACAUCUACGCCAUGUCUCAUGUCGAUGUUCCUCAGUGGUUCUUAAGCUCAUCUUUGGGAGAGACAUGGAGCAAAGACUCGAACUGGAUGGGGUUUGUCGCUGUGAGUGGAGACAGAGAGUCGUUAAGGAUCGGUCGGAGAGACAUUGUUGUGGCGUGGCGUGGAACCGUGACUCCUACUGAAUGGUUCAUGGAUCUUAGAACUAGUAAAGAGCCGUUCGAUUGUAAAAGUGAACACGGCAAGAAUGUGGUCAAGGUGCAAAGCGGGUUUUUCAGCAUCUACAACUCCAAAAGCGAGCUCACAAGGUACAACAAAGAAAGUGCAUCUGAGCAGACAAUGGAGGAAGUGAAGCGGUUAGUAAAGUUUUUUAAGGAUAGAGGCGAAGAGGUGAGCUUAACCGUGACCGGUCAUAGCCUUGGAGGCGCGUUGGCUCUUAUGAACGCUUACGAGGCAGCCAGAGAUGUUCCGGAGUUAUCUGGUAAUGUUUCUGUGAUCUCGUUUGGUGCGCCUAGAGUAGGUAACUUGGCGUUCAAGGAAAGGAUGAACAGUUUAGGUGUUAAGGUCUUGCGAGUGGUGAACAAGCAAGACAUUGUCCCUAAGCUUCCAGGUAUCGUGUUCAACAAGGUUCUAAACAAACUCAACCCAAUAACUUCGAGGUUCAGCUGGGUCUACAGGCACGUUGGCACGCAGCUUAAGCUCGAUGUAUUCACUUCGCCUUAUAUAAAACAAGAUUCUGAUUUAGCAGGGUGUCACAAUCUAGAGGUGUAUCUCCAUGUUUUGGAUGGCUUCCACCGCAAGAAAUCAGGGUUUAGGGUUAACGCCAGGAGAGACGUUGCCUCUGUGAACAAGAGCACUGAUAUGUUACUGGAUCAUCUAAGAAUACCCGAGUGUUGGUACCAAGUGGCACAUAAGGGUCUGAUCCUCAACAAACAGACCGGCAGGUGGGUGAAGCCGGUCCGUGCACCAGAAGACAUCCCCUCUCCAUUAUCGACCGGACCAAGACCAAUUUAUAGCUUAUGAAAAAUAAUAUAUUUCAAUUCCAUUUGUUCGUUUUUUGAAUGUUUUGUCUUUGUGAGUUUUGGUUACAACUUACAACAUUUGAAGUGAAUGUACAGAGAUCAAGUUGUGAAAGUAAUGUAUAUGGUUGCGUUUA